CAUAGACAGCCUUGGCGCAUACUCGAAAUUGCAGCGCUGAACGUCGCGAGAGUUCACCUAACCCUUGAUAAUCCGUUAUCAGCAGGUUGCAACAUGACCGCACAGUGGUUCCGGUCAGUCUUUCUUGUCGGUAACCCAUCGGGAGCCUACAUAUGUCCCUUCGGGGAUGGAUGCACACUACCUCUGGAGAAUACAACCGCUUCUAUUUACGCCCACCUUCGCCUGCAUGGUCACGUUUACAAGCAUCGUGACCGUGCUCCAUGCCCCUGGCCGGGGUGUCGGAAGGAGACACGCUGGGGAAACGUCGCUCGACACGUCAUAGAGCGUCACUUGCGGGUAAAAUCGCAAUGUAUGUGGUGCGGACAUAGUUACGUGAGAAGCGGAGCACUUGCAGCGCACAUGGAUGUUUGUAUCGAGGCUUAUAUCAAAAACAUCUUCCAAGAAUACCCAAAUAUAACUCACUACGAGGAAUAAUCUGUUACUGCGUACUAGACGCCUUCUCAGUGAUUGCCUGGUUGGGAUUUGUAAGCGUACCACAAAAAUGUAAAUGUAUCUUCCAUAGUCUGUUAGGUGACUCUUUUCUGUACCUCACCUAGUAUACUUGUUCUAUGUGGCGUGGUGUGAACCUCGCAACACAUGUUGGAAAUUCAACUUUUGAAUCGGAG